UGUCACGGCACAAAACUGGCGCUAUAACGCUUGCAGCUCCGUCUACUCCGGUGGUUACCUAAGCGAUGGAUGGAGAGUUGGAGCCCAUGACAGAUGUGAAGGAGUCCAUUAGCAAUGGGGAGGAGCCCAUGGAAACCACACCUUCAACAGAGCUUUGCUCAGACGAGCAGCGUCAAGAAACUGAUGCCAUGACAACAGACCAACCCAAGGCUCCAGAGGAUAACGAUGAUGACGUUGUGCUAGUGGAGGAGCCCCACUGUCAGGGAGAGAACGUGGCAGCGAGCCCCUCCAGCAACCCCGCACCUGCCGAGGCCCUUGCUGCUGCCAAAGCCACAGACCAUGCAGAGUCUGCCACCACAGCAACAGCAUCCUCCAACACUCCUCCUCCUUCCUCUACAGCUGAAGCAGUUACCACUCCCCAAACCCAUACUGAGCCCAUUGUUAUCGAUGAUGAGGAAGAUUCUGAGCAAAGAUCUUCCUCUUUGUCAGCCAGUCAGAGCGGAGAAGCCUUGAGUAGCACAGAGCCAGACUCGGAAAUUAAAAUCGCUAGUGUCACUACAUUAGGAGCAUCGGAGGUCACUAUGGCGACGUCAGCAGAAACAUCUGUUGCCACGCCUGCUGAGGAAGGUAUGAACCUCAUGAUCACAAGUGUAACUUCAUUGAAAGGUGAUAGAGGAGCAGAGGCUGGGGGAGAGGAGGGGGUUGCAGAGAAUGGUCUGCAAAUUAGUAACACAUUCAGCCUAAAUCCAGAAGCCCAGCAGAGUCAAGAAUCGGCCAGCAGACCUUCAUCUACGUUUAACCCAGGACGCGUCAACUCAUCCACGCAGCCUGUUCAAAAUGGAGAGACUGGGACUCACCAGAGAUCUGAUUCCUGGAUCUCACAAUCGGCAUCCUUUCCCCGCAACCAAAAACAGCCAGGAGUGGAUUCUCCCUCCCACACAGCGUCUCUUCCUAAAGCACCAGGCCAGUCCUCGUCAGGCUCCCAGCAGCCCUCGCGCACCAUGAAGGUCACCUGCGCCAACUGCAAAAAGCCUUUAAAGAAAGGUCAGACUGCCUAUCAGCGUAAAGGCUCCUCUCACUUAUUUUGCUCCACCACCUGCCUAUCUGCCUUCUCCCACAAGCCCGCACCCAAGAAAAACUGCACUAUGUGCAAGAAGGACAUUACUACUAUGAAAGGAACAAUUGUGGCUCAGGUGGACUCAAGCGAGUCAUUUCAGGAGUUCUGCAGCACUGGCUGUCUGGCUGCGUAUGAAAAUAAACAAAAUACCCCAAAGAACACGCUCAAAACCAAGUGUACCGUCUGUGGAAAACUUACCGAGAUUCGACAUGAAGUUAGUUUUAAGAACGUCACCCACAAGAUCUGCAGCGACGCCUGCUUCAACCGUUACCGUAUGGCCAAUGGUCUGAUCAUGAACUGUUGUGAGCAGUGUGGAAACUACCUGCCCAGCCGGGCCACGGCAAAUCAUUUCUUACUUAUUGAUGGGCAGCAAAAACGGUUCUGUUGUCAGAACUGUGUCAGGGAGUACAAGCAGGCUCAUGGAAAGAUGGUCCAGUGUAGUGGAUGUAAAGUGAUGUGCAGGUCAUUUGAAGUUACUCAUGGCAUUGGACCCACUGGUAUUAUGGAGCCUUAUUGUUCCACAGCCUGUAUAACUAAAAGCAAAUUUUCAGCUGUAGCACCGAUUUUAGCUGCUGAGCCUUCCUGUCAUUUCUGUAAAAGAAAUGCAUUACCUCAAUAUCAGGCAACUCUGCCUGAAGGAAUCGUCUUAAGCUUCUGCAGCGCUCAGUGUGUCACAAAGUUCCAGAAUGCUACUAUUCAAGCAGCAGCCAAUGGUCAGCUUUCUGACCCGGCUACCUUUAACAUCCAGCUUAAAUGCACUUACUGCCGAGGCUCUUUUGGGCUGAAGCCUGAAAUUCUGGAGUGGGAGGAUAGAGUAUUCCAGUUCUGCAGUAAAACAUGUUGUGAAGACUAUAAGAAGCUCCAUUGUAUUGUAACUGUCUGCGAGUAUUGUCAAGAGGAGAAAACGCUUCAUGAGACUGUCAAGUACUCAGGGGUUAAAAAACCCUUCUGUAGUGAAGGUUGCAAGCUAUUGUUCAAGCGGGACUUCAUACAGCGUCUGGGCCUCAAGUGUGUUACCUGCAACCACUGCUCUCAGAUGUGCAAAAAAUCUGUAACCAAGCAGAUUGAUGAAGUCACAAGAGACUUCUGCAGUGAAACAUGUGCAAAUAAGUUUCAUGACUGGUACUACAAGGCGGCGCGCUGUGACUGCUGUAAAGUACAAGGGAGCUUGACGGAGUCGGUGCAGUGGCGUUCUGAAAUGAAACAGUUCUGUGACCAAGAGUGUCUUCUUCGAUUCUACAGCCAACAAAACGAGCCCAAUAUGGAAACACAGAAGGGGCCUGAAAACACAGGACUUGAUGGAGAGGCAAAGCUGACGGGGCCUGUGUCGUAUGCUGGAGGAGGUGCCCUUAAGGAUGUUAAGAAUAAAGCUGUACUUUGUAAACCCCUCACCAUGACCAAGGCUACCUACUGCAAACCUCAUAUGCAAAGUAAACCACUUCAGACAGAUGAAGAGGGUUUGGAAGGCUUGGUAAAAGAAUAUGUCCCUGUUCCAGUUCCCGUUCCUGUGUAUGUUCCUGUACCAAUGAAUCUCUAUGCUCAGGCAACACCCACACCUAUGACAAUACCAGUACCGGUACCUGUGCCAGUGUUUUUGCCCACCACUUUGCAGAGUGCUGAGCAGAUUGUAAAGACCAUAGACGAGCUUAAAGCCAAGGUUCUCCCUAAUCCUUUGGAGGCGGAUCUGAUAGCUAUGGCUGACAUCAUUGCUAAUGAUGAAAAGAAACGUGACUGCUCAGAGGCGGAUCUGAUAGCUAUGGCUGACAUGAUUGCUGAUGAUGAAAAGAAACGUGACCACUCAGAAAUCAAAUGUGAAAAGAUGAGUGAUGAAGUGAACCAAGAAACAGUAAAGAGUGAAAGUGAUGGUAGCAGUUCUGAGGAAGAGGAUGAGGACAAAUAUGAGCCGGAGCUGGACUUGGAGAAUGAUCUUCCUUUAGCAUCAGAGCCUGUGCCUGCCUUGGAGGGGCUUGAUGCAGAAAUGGGUUUCACUCUGCCGCCUGUCCUCAGUGAUGAACAAGAGGAGACAUCCUGUCCCAGACCCAGGCGGAGGGGUAAUAAGAGGCGGGCUGUGGAAACUAACUCUUCUCCAGCAUUGUCGGCAGAGCCCACUGCAACAGAUAGCUCAUUUCCCCUGAGCUUCAGGUAUGGACUUAAUGCGUGGAGGAGGUGGACCACAUUAUCAGCUGCAGAGUCCACUGACGAAAAGGUGAAAGGCUUGGACAAACAAGUGACCCCAUCUUUGCUGAUGAGCAAUCUUGAUUCUCUAAGCUCAGUUGAGCUGAACAAGGCUCUUGUACAGUUUGUGAAAGAGGUGCGUCGGCCCAAUGGCGAGUCCUAUUCUCCAGACAGCAUUUUCUACCUUUGCCUUAGCAUACAAAAGCAUUUGCAGAAAAAAGGAAGAAAGGAUGAUCUUUUUAAUGAUCCCUGCUACAAAAUGUUUGGGGAAGAACUUAACAAGAUACUCAAAGACUGGCAACCUAGUGUUCUUCCUGAUGGCUCUCUGUGGGGUCGUGUUGAGGAGUUGUGUCUGUGGAGCAGCAGACAGCUGGGAGAGCACACCCCUUCCGUUCUCCUGCGCUCCCUCGUCUAUCUCAACACAAAAUACUUUGGUCUGCGCACCGUCGAGCAGCAUUUGCGCCUCUCUUUUGCCAACAUCUACGGCCCCAGCACUUCCAAACCUCACGAUCACGAGACCACCGUCUGUAUUCGCAUCCCCUCCAUCUCACAGGAUCAGCAUGAACCAGCAGCAAGUAAGAGGAGACGUACAGAUGGAGAUGAUUCAGGCUUAGAGCUCAUUGAUGGUACGGGGGGCUCCACACACUGUCCUGUUAAAAAACGCGAGUGUCGUUUGUAUGAGCUUUAUCUUUCUAAGUGCCCGGAGUCUGUGAGGGAGAGGACAGAUUUUUUCUACGUGAAGCCAGAGGUCUCUUCUACCUCAGGUAGUCCACUGUGGUUCAGCUCAACUCCUCUAGAAAAGUGUGUCCUGGAAAGCCUUCUAACUCAAAUCCUUCUGGUGAGAGACGUCUACAGGGAGAGCUGCUCUGAAGAGGGGGGGAUUUAGAAAAACCGAAAGCUGUUGGUUCAACGAUAGCACCCACUGCAUUAUAUCAUACCCCAGUCCCUUUAAUCACACUGAUACUAUUAGAGCUAUAAGCAAUGAGAAUACUGUAUGUUGCGACCGGAGGUGUUUAAAGCUUAACACUGAUUUCUACAUCAGUGGCUUCUGAAGACUGGUGCUUUUUGUGAAGAGCAACCAAUAGACUGCUGCUUUUUUUCUUCCAUGUAUGUUUUCAUUUGUUAGGAACUUGAGUGUAUGUGAUGUAGCAUUAACUACGAAGCCCAGAUUGGGCUGCUGUGGUCUGUAAAUAUUUUCAGAAGUAAUGUCAGAGAGUUUGUGAAUGUGUGCGUGUUAAAAGCAAAAGCCAAUAAAAUACUACAAAUAAAUUGAACUCGACACAAACCCAACAAAGCUUUCAUAAAAUACAAGAAUUAUUUAUUGCAGGUUGUGAUGUGGUGGAGUCCUUUUUAUGACAGGAUUAAGUAUGGAUGUCUGACCAUUUCUCACCUUUUAUUAAAAGCAUUAAAACUUGCUUCAGCCAUUCAGCACCUAUUUGUGUUUGUUUCUAUCAUUCUCUCUUUUCCUUUAGAGUUUGGGUGUUGGGUGGCUGACAGGGUAUUUGUUAGUAUUUAUCCUUUAUUUCCGUUGCUGUUCUUUUGAACAAUGUGAUCUGAUUUACACCCCUCACUGCCGUGCAUUAUUUUCUUCAAGCCUACGUUACUGACAUUUAGGUUUUUGUUUAUUACAUUUAAAAUAAACAAAGCACUUGGUUUGAAAGUGCAAUGUUAACUCCACAGUGGCGUUGGUAAUGUGGUUGAUAGAGCACAUCAGUAUCUUUUUUCUGUACCUUAUUUUAUUGGAAGUGAUAAACGAUGUAUGGCUGAAUGAUACGUUUCAUGUUUUGUGUUUUUUUUUUUUAAACCAAUAAAUUAAUGUUAUGUUUCUUAAA